AUGCCAUUGACAUACUUGUACUAUUGUCGUACAAAUGGGCUAGCAGAUCGUAAAUUAUUCGCAUUGAGACGUAGGCAACAAACCGAUGCUCUAAUCGCAAUAAGCAAGUUCAAGGCCUACACCAAGCAAUACAAAAUGGCGGAAGCAAUGAUCCAAAAAAUCUUUGAGGUACUAUUUGAAUCGAAAGCUGUCAUUAUUGAUACUGGAUAUAUACCGGAGAUGGCUUUCCCUAAAGAUGAAAAAAUUCGUGAUGCUAUAUCCAAGAUAUAUGAAAAUACUGCCUUUUUCGGUGAAAUUGCCCUAAGAUUACCAGAUAUUACUCAUAAGAUAUAUGAUAGGAAAACAGAAUGGAGAUAUGCCAUUCACUGGAGUGUCGGAUUUUGUAAUGAUUCUGUUUCAAUAUUCCAUGGUCCACACAAGAAAUUACUAAAUUUAAUGUCUCAAGAGUUGAAACUUAUUCCAAGAGAUGCUAACUAUGUUAAUCCCUAUAGCAAGAAAGAAAAUGAUCGUGAGAAAAUGGUAAUAUCCAGUUAG